UGGCGAAAAUCGUCAAAAUUGUAUAAAAGCAUUUGGAAAUGCACUGAAAUAUAACAGUCACAUAAAUCCCUCCGUUGCAAUAACAACACACCUUAUUCCAACUUUAAAAUAGUUUCUACUCUAUUUAACCUCACACACACAACCAAAAAUGUUCAAAUUCGUGCUUGUACUCUCCAUCAUCGCCUUCGCCUGCGCCGAACCCGGAGUUGUGGUGGCUCCUGCCGUACCACUUGCACCGAUCGUGCAUCACUCCGGCGCACACGCUGUGCACUCUCACGUAAUUCAUCAUCCCGUGCCAGUGAAGACCGUCGUGACACCAGUCAUUGCCAAGCCAGUGGUGCCAAUAGUGCCGGUCGUAAAGCCCGUUGUGCCUCUACUGCCAGUCCAUCAUGCCCAUCCGGCUGUUGUUGUGCAUCACUGAGCCCGUGCGGCGACAAUGCGGCUGCAGGCGCAACAACAACAGCGUCAACCACUCAGCCCCCGCAACCAUUCAUGAACGUUGAUGAUGAGGAUCAACGUAAGGACUACUCAAGUUAAUCGAAUGCAACAAUGGCUUAGCGCGUUAGAAUGUAGAAUACAAGCUACCCUACUCCUCUCCUCCGCCUCCGCCUCCACCUUCCACUUCAUUCUUACUUUAAUUCUGUACUAUGAAAUCCCCGAAAUUAGUUAAAUACAAAAGCAAAACAACAAUAAAA